CGAGGUUGGCACGCCAGCCGUGGGUUUAUUUACUCCGUGACCUUUAGACGGCGCGGAACUCGCGGGGAGGGCGAGCGGCCAUGGCGGCCUGACGGUGUGUUUUCCCGCGCGACAACGGCUGUAACUCCAGCCAGCAGGCUCCCGGAGUUCUUACGGGAGGGCGGAGGGCAGACAGAGCCCUGCUGACGGAGGGAAACGUUCUGCUGACCCGCGUGUGUUUACUAGUCACACAUUGUGAACCGCCGUCGUCAUGAGUACUACUGAUAACGCAGACAGUAUGGAGUCCGAGUCGGCUUCCGCUUCUGUCGUCACGUCGACGUCGUUUACGUCCACUGACGCCGACGACGAGGGUCUGGGGACGACGACGUACAGCGUCAGCACAUCUGACGGUGAGAGCACGGCGAGUACCUCCACCGUGACCGAGGUGCGACACAAGCGGUAUGUCGUGUCCAGCUCCUCGAGCAGACUGUCGAGCGUCCCCGUCGGCGACCCGGGCCCCGAGCCCCCCACCUCCCCCACCGCCGACAUCGUCGCACUGAACGCCCGCUUCAUGUACUACGUGGACCGGGUGCGGUUCCUGGAGCAGGAGAACAGGACGCUGCGCCACAACGUGACGGAGCUGGAGAUCAGGUCUGUCUCUCCGGAGAUGUACCGAACCUUCCAGCAGGAGAUAGACCGGGGACGGCAGAAGGUGGCGGACCUCAGCACCGAGAGGGCGCAUCUCCAGGUGGAGGUACAGAGGCUGGAGAGGGAGAUGCGAGCCUUCAACCACAAGGUAUUCGAGGAGAGCAGGAGCCGCAAGGAAGCUUUACGGGAGCUGGAAAAGUUAAAAACGGAGCUGUACGACACCAAGAAAGCCUACAAGGAUGCUCAGGAUAACCUGCGGCUCAAGGCGCAAGAACAGGACUUCAAGACACGCACACACGAACAGGAGGUGAAGGAGGUUCGGAAGGAAGUCUUGAACAUCUCCGUGGAGCUGGAGAAGCUGAAGAACGAGAAUGCACAGCUGCAGGCGGAAGUACACCAGGUUUCCCACAAUGCCAGCACGGAAGUGACGCAGUAUGUGUCGAUGCUGGAAAAGAGGGAGGUCGAAUUAGAGACUCUCCACCGCAGCCUGGAGGAGCAGCGGGAGGAGUACCAGAAGCUGAUGCACAUGAAGCUGGACCUGGAGCUGGCCCUUCAGCACCAUGGACUGGAGUACACCACCAUACAAUACGAUAUGCAUGACUGGUCUCCGUCCCACCGCAAAUCAUCAACUCCGAAGGGCACACCCAUCCGUCGCCGCCCCCUCCGUGAAAUGGACCAUUCCUACAAGAAGCGGAAGACCGAGCACCCCUCGUCUGCAGACGGUUCCUUCCUGACCGAUGAGGCUGCUUAUGUCUCUGCUGAAGGCGGGGGUUCUGCUAGCUUCGCUACUGAAUCUGAUGGACGACAGUCAGGAUGCAUCAUCACCGAAACCUACACCAUGGAUGAAAACAUGUCACAGCAGCAAACAAGACGCAGUCAAAUCAAUGGAUCAGCGGGAGGUGGCAGCGACGGUCAGCUGGCCAUGGCCGAAGCUCGUGCUGUUGAUGCUCCUGAGUUAUCCGGCCCGAGACGAGUCCUGACAGCUGCCGGUGAGUACGUCGUGGCAUCCGCAACCUCCACGGUCCGUCACGGAGGCGACAAAGGCGACACGACCAUGGAGAGGACGGACUUCUACGGAGGUUCUGAUUCAAGUCAUCAUGCAACUACCCAAGCAGCAGACCGCCCUGGUCUAUCCGGCCCAAAACGCAUCCUUACCGCUUCGAGAGAGUAUGCCGUAGUAACGUCUUCAGAAGACCAGACGACAACGACGGUCACAACCGAGAACCGCCCUUGUCUGUCCGGUCCGAAACGCGCCCUGACAGGAGAAUACAUGAUGACGACAUCGGAAGAACAGACGACGACUUCAGCAGUCUCCGCCGAGGAUCACCCUGGUCUUUCCGGUCCAAAACGGGUUCUCACCGCUUCAGGAGAGUAUGUCAUUGCAAAAUCUUCGAAAGAACAGAUGACGACUGCAUCGGUAACAGCCGUGGACCGGUCCGGUCUUUCUGGUCCAAAACGCGUCCUUACACCAUCUGGAGAAUAUGUCCUUUUAACAAAGUCUUCGGAAGAGCAAACAGCAACUACGACCACCCAAGCCGAAGACCACCCUGGUCUGUCCGGUCCAAAGCGCGUUCUUACACCUUCAGGAGAGUAUGUUGUUGUAACAGAGUCUUCAGAAGAGCAAACAAAAACUACGACCACCAAAUCCAAGGACCGCCCUGGCCUGUCCGGCCCGAAGCGCGUGCUCACCUCUUCAGGAGAGUAUGUAGUAGUAACAGAGUCUUCGGAAGAGCAAACAACAACUACGAGCGCCCAAGCCGAGGACCGCCCUGGUCUGUCGGGUCCGAGGCACGUCCUGACGGCCUCAGGGGAGCACGUGACGAUGGCAACGGAAGGGCAGACCACGACGACUACAACGGUGCAAGCCGAAGACCACUCUGGUCUUUCCGGUCCAAAACGUGUCCUUACGCCUUCAGGACAGUAUGUCGUUGUGACGGAAUCUUCGGAAGAGCAGAAAACAACUACCAUAGAAGGCACUGAAGACAUUCCUGGUCUCGCCGGUCCGAGACGCGUCCUAACAGCGUCUGGGGAGUACGUGGUGGUGACGUCAUCUUCUGAACACCAGACAACAACUACAACCGAGGAAGGCUUGAGCAUUGAAAAAGUGACACACGGAGCUGGUAGUCACGAUGGCGGUCCAGGAAGCUAUCUGAAGACGGAUGAAGUCGACGCGUCAGGUGGGCACGUCGUUGAGUCCUCGACCACAGAACAGCGGGUGGGCGAGAGUGGUGGAAGGUCGGAGAGGUACUCGGUCGAUGUCACAGAGACGACAACGAAACGCCGGUCGAAAGGAGGUACCGGGCACGCAGAAGGUUCAACAACAUCCUACGGUCUACACCAGGAAACCCAAACGGGGAACCUUCAGGUAGAUGGCAGUCGUGGUAUGGACUAUAAAAAGAACAAGAGAGUGCUUGGGAAUGUGCAGUUGGAUGUGACAAACUGGAGUACCGUUAGUUCUGUGUGUAACGAAAAGACUGGUGACUUGGCAGACAAUGGCCGAGCGAGCGAUGACGUAGCCCCUAGUGACGUAGGAACAAGCGGGGUUGGAACUACUAAAGUCUGUCUAACAGAUGUGACAGGAAGCAGAGAAGAUAGCGUGGUAUCUGUGACUAUAAAGACCGACAGGGAUGCACAAGGGGAGAACAUUCAUCAGGGGAACAUCGUCACAACACACAAUCUAGGGAGAGAACCUCCGUCGACAAGUGAUUUUGACGAGAGAGGCACGUCUGGGCGAGAAAUCGUCGAGGACAGAACAACAGUGGGAGCAUCUUCGUCUUCUGGUAACACACAGAUGGGCGUACACAUGUGGGGGAAGCUUCCCACCACGCAAACACACAGGGUUGAAGACACGCCGAAUGCUUCUCCCACAAAAUCCGGCUGGUGGCGCAGUUUCUGGCUACGAUCAACAGGCACGACAACCAGCCUGCCCUCCCAGUCAGUACAAGAGGACACGAUGUCACACCGCGCCUCCUGGUUUCAGCAAAUGGAGCCCAGCUUCUGGGGCAAAUCCGUCAGCAGAAAGGAGAACACGUGCAUGGAUCAGGAUGAGCUAGAUGCAUCGUCUGCGAAAUCCGGCUGGUGGCGCUUUUUCCGUCGACAAUCUACAACGUCAACGAUAAAACAUUCCUCCCAGUGUGUCCAACCCGACGUGACGUCACACGGCGAGUCCGGGAUGCGGCAACUGGCAUCCUACUCCUGGGGAAAAUCCGUCAGGCGAGAAACCACGCUGACGCGUGGCGUUGACGAGACCGACACAACGGCGGUGUCUACUCCAGGCGUCACUAUAACCGGAAGUAGCGUUAAAAGUGGCAACAAAACAAGGUUGAAAGAAGAUGCCUACCUCGUCGAGGGAAGCAGGAAGACCUCCCAGGCCUGCUUCGCGCGGAUUUGCCGCCUGUGCGUCUGGCUGCUCCCGCUGCUCUUCCUCCUCCUCCUCCUCUUCUUCCUCCUGUCCUCGCUGUUUCCUGGUGGGAUGAUGGGGAUGCUCCUGGGCUGGGAGAGAGGCAGUUGUCACCUGCAGAACAGCUUCCGCCAGUCCUGGCGCUUCAUGCUCAAGCACAGGAGCCCCCCUCCCAUCUAAUCACGUGUGGGGCACGUGGUCAUCACGUGCUUACAUCCUUAUCACGCGAGGACCACAUUGCCGUCACAUACUCACGUCCUGACCACUGUAGAUCACAUGGUCAUCACGUUCCUACAUCGUGAUCAUUUGAAAGGUAGUUGGUGAUUAUGAAAUGGCGAUAUGCUUUAGUAUAGACCAGACAGCUUACAAAAUAUACUCAAUUAACAAUUGUGUAAACUGUAAAACGAACCAGUUGCUUGUGAUCACACUGAAACAGUUUCAGUUUAUUAUUUAGCAUCUCAGAUCUAGAUGGUGACCAAUACUUCCCUAAAAUUAACGUCAAAUAUGAGAAAGUUUAUAAGACACUUCCACUAUACCUUGCAUUGGAUCUUGCAUGUAAUGGAUUACACAGUGUCCAAAAUCGGAUGUACAAUGGGGCGAAAUCAGCAACCAUUCUGUUCUCUUUCAUCAUCUGUCGUGCUUUCAUGCAGUCAUCUAUGGGCAUGUUGUUUUCCCCGGUGCCUCCUCCAGACCAAAGGUCAUUCUAGACACAGUGUACACGAUAUUUUAUUAUUAUUAUUAUUAUUAAUAGGUGCAGGUAUGCUACGGCCAAGAUAAAAGCAUGAAAUGAGAUUUUUUUCUAUGCAAUGCUUUGGUAGGUCUUCCAGAUGUAGAACAUACAGGAUUAAAGCAAAAUAUAAGCAUUGUAUGCAGGUAUUAUAUGUAAAUUUGCUAAGAGCCUUAAAGAUAUAGCCAAUAAGUAUAUUUGCAUGCGCAUAUGAGCUAGUGACCAUUGCAGUCGGAACUUGGACCAAAUAUGUAUGAGAAGUGCAGUACAGUAAGUCAGUACGUGGAAUAAGGUGUUUUAGUCGUGAUAGUAUUUAUCAUACAUGUAUUUGUAUUUGUAUUCGAAAAAUAUUUGUUUUCAAAGAAGGCUAAAGGUACAUCCAUUGUUUACUCUUCAUAUAUGUUUAUGUUUAAAAAACGCCCACUAGCUCAGCUAUUAUCAGUGUACGUGCGAAUGUACUUAAGCUUUAGCUUAGCGUUUUGAUGAAAACCAUACCAGAUCGUAAAAAGCAGCACAUCUAUGGUGACUGGGCGAAAACAAAUUAAUGAAUAUGCUAUCAGUACCUCUUCUAUUGGUGCAAUAUUUAUCUGUAUUUUCAGCCGAGCAGGCGUUGUAUUUGGGUGCCCUGAAGCGUUUUUGUUGGUGAGUAAAACUGAGAAAUGA